CGGAUGUGCCACUGCUCCGCCGGUAGUCUCCCUCCACUUGUGGUUUCCCUCUUCUUCGGUGUCUUCUUCGCUUCGUCUUCUUCUUCUCCUCUUCCUCCUUUUCUUUCGUCCCUCCGUCCAUGGUGCGGUAGGAUUGUGUUCACGGUUCUCCAAGACUUCGAGCAGACAUGGGUACGACGACUUCCACCCACGAACCACUUGACAGGACGACUCCUACACCGUUCAAGAGGCAUGCAUCCUGUAGAGGAACUAAGGGAGAGAAACGGGGCUCUCCAAAGAGGAUGGACAGGUUACGAAGGAGUUUCCGUGAUUCAUUUAGAAGACGGAAGGAUCAUGUACCCGAAAGCUCAAAGCCACAUCUUUGGCAAGCUGAUGAGGCUGCUGUUAGAGCUGGUACCUGCACUUUCCAAGUCAAGUAUUUAGGCUGUGUUGAAGUUUUUGAAUCUCGAGGAAUGCAGGUUUGUGAAGAAGCCCUAAAGGUUUUAAGGAACUCUAGGCGAAGACCUGUUAAGGCUGUUCUUUUUGUUUCGGGUGAUGGUUUAAGGGUCGUUGAAGAUGAAACAAAAGGGUUGAUUGUCGAUCAAACAAUAGAAAAAGUAUCGUUUUGUGCACCUGAUAGGAAUCAUGAAAAGGGUUUCUCAUAUAUUUGUAGAGAUGGAACAACUCGGCGAUGGAUGUGUCAUGGUUUUAUUGCAUUAAAAGAAUCUGGAGAAAGGUUGAGCCAUGCUGUGGGAUGUGCGUUUGCAGCCUGCCUUGAAAGAAAACAGAGAAGAGAAAAAGAAUGUGGAGUUACAAUGUCUUUUGAUCCUACAAGUUCGACUUUCACUCGGCAAGGUUCUUUCCGAACGCAGACCAUUACUGAGAGGAUAGCGGAUGCAAAUAAAAAUAACAUCACUGUUCCAACAACUGAUGCUCCUCCAAUUCCAACAAAGACAAAUACCGUAACAACGGUAACACCAAAGCCAGCAGUCACUACACAUGCCAUCGAAAGGCCUCACGCUACAGUCUCUAUGUUGGUUCGUCAGGGCUCUUUCAGAGGUUUCAACCACUUGAAUCAGACUUCUCCUUUCAAAAGACAGCUGUCCCUUCGUAUCUCUGACUUACCGUCCAACCUGGAGAGGACAAGAUCAAUGUCCCUUGAAGGAAGUGCUGAUACCCGUCAUCCUCCUCUCAUCCAUCUCAAAACCCCAGUGAGCCCUAUUCCUGAAACGUCUCCACUUGCUGAACGAACCGAUCCUGUUAGUGCAAUGUGUCAGCAGUUAUCGCAAGGGCUGAAACUUCUCUCGAACGCUGAUGAUCUUUUACCAUUUGCAAAUAAUAUAGGGAACAAGAAUCUAUCCAAUAUCUCCAAAGAAUUAUUCCCAUUGAAUAACAACUCAACUCUUCAAGAAAGCCCAAUACUGAGCGAGACAAAUGGAAAGAGUGAAGUUUUAACCCCACCAGCAACACCGUCAGCAUCGCCGAUCCCUGCGGUAGGAGAGCUACCCCGGCCGGAGCAGUGGUUGGGGAAGGUGGCCGCUGGAGUGGGACGACCAACACGUGCUAACUCACUUGGUGCAGAUCCUUUCCUUGCCGAUGCAGACUGGGUUUCGAGGACACCGCCCCCAGGACAAGUGUCAACAAAUCCUUUCCUGACUUCAACCCCUGCCGCUGUUAAGGCAUUCGAGGUGCACAUGUAGCACAAAAUGGAGCAAGGUCUCUAUCCACCACCGUCGUAGGGCCUGUGCUUUAUAUAUGUGUUGUCUCCGGUCGGGAACAGUUUUCAGUUUUUAUCCCGAAUCCGUUGUGUUUCUAUUCUAUAGAGAAUAUUUUAGACAGCUGGAUUAUUAAUUUGACGUUCUCUAAUGAGAUGCUCCUGAGGGAGAGGUUUAGAAAGCAGAAAUAAAGGAAUAAUGAUUAAGUGAUUGGUACAUGAAGAAUUUUUUUUUUUUUUAUCUUUUGACAGAAUGUUACAGUGGUUUUUUAUAAAAUCAUCCUUACUUAUUCACAGUACUUAUUAAGAUAACUCCUAAUGAUUAAAUUUCUACUUAUCCCAAUUAAUCUUUGUAUUGUGUUCCAAGCCAGGUGAUAUUGUGCAAUUUUGAUUUCUGUGAUGAUUCAACCAUUAGAGGCUAUUGUGGAAACAGUUCUUUAAUAAAGAUAUUUUAGUUUUUUUUUAUUUGCAUUUAUCAUCAGUUUUAUAGUUUGCUAAUUAUUUAUUGUUUUUUAAUAAUGUUAUUCUUAAUCAUAAUAAAAUCAGGAAUACAGUUGUAAUGUGAUUCAUAGGUAUAAUUUUUAUUUCGGUGAAAAAAAAAAAAAUGAGAGAUGCUUGUUUUACUACUUAGGUCAGUAGAUGUCUUAUGAAAGGCUUCAUACAUAAUUACUACUCUUGAUCAAUUAAUAAUAGAAAAAUUUUCUGGGUAUUUGUUAUGGUUUCUUCUCUUAAUUAUCUAUUUUUUAAAUGAUAAAACUAUUAAGUUUUUAAAUUAUAUAAUAAAAAGGUUUUGUUUUUAUUUAUUAAAAACUUUUUCUACUUAAAAUUUGAUGUUAUGUUUCCUAUAUUUUUAUGUUGUUCGUGCAUAGUUUUAAUUGUGCUGAUUAAUUGAAAAUAAAAAGUUUCUAACUUUUUUCUAAAAUUCUUUAAAAUUUUAAUCAUAAAUUACUUGUUAAAGUUCAAUUAGUUUCAAAAUAUGGCAACUGUUGUGAAAAUAUUAAGAAUAAACAUAAACUUUUUUUCUAAUAAAAUACUUAAGAUGUUAAAUUUAAUAUCUGGCUCACGCUCUUUAUCAUCAUUACUCAAAUAGAGAUGUCUUUCAUACAUAGACAUUUUGCUAUUUAUUUUUUAUAAUUUUUUUUUAUUUAGUCCAAUUAAUGAUCAUUGUUUCUUUUUGUUCGGCAUUUCAGUUGAUUAAGCAAAAUAAUUGAUAAAUUUUAUCUAGUUAUUAUAACUUCAUUAGUUCAAUUUUAAUACAGUGAAACUCCUACCUAGUAGCUAUAGUAAAACUUAUGAUUUUUAUCUGCUGCUGUAUUCAUUAUAAAGAAAUAUUUCUAACUUACAAACAAGUAAAAUUAAUAAUAUAUCGUUCAUAAUAAUUAACUUUAUUCCGAUGAUAAUAGAUAUUGACUAUGUUGUUUCUCUUUUUUAUUUUUUUUAUUUUAGAAAGCUUAUUUUGUUUACCUUCAUUAUUAAUUUUUUUAAAUGUUGAAGAUCAUUUUCUGUUCAGAUUUAUCAAUCAAUACUAGUAUACUAAUAAAUAGAUGUUAGUACUGAAAUAAUUAAAUAAAACAUUUUUAAAAUUAAUUUGUUCAUAACAAAAUUUUAUUGUUUUCUUACUAAAGUAUAGAAGAAUAUAAUGUGAAUAAUUAGAUAAUUGUAGAGGAAGAAGGAUAAAAUUAUAAAUUAAAAAAAAAAUCAUCGGACAAUGCUCAAGAGUUUUUUUUAUUUUCUUUUUCUUUUGUUUGUUCUUUUAGUUGGAAUGCUUUGAAGGUAGCAGAAGACAGUUUAUAAUGAUUGUGUAUUACCAAAAUUGAGAUUUUAUGAUGAAAGUUUGUCCUUCGUAUAAACUAGUUCAAUGGCUAGCCAUGAUAAGAUCAACUCUUUAAAUAAUAAUAAUAAAAUUAAAUAUCAUUCCACAACAUUGUUGAUAGUAGAACAAUGUACUGAAUAAUAACGUAGCGAGUAUAUAUAGAGAAUAAUAUAAAAUACUGAUAUGUUAAUUUGACUAAGGUUAUAAUAUUUAUGGAUAGUGACAUUAAAAGCAUAUUUGUGAUUAAGCAUUCAGAAGACAAGUAUUAUUUUUCUUAAUCUAAAAUUUUAAACAAUUUAGCUUUGCUAAAUAAAUGGUUAACUAAUCAUAUAUAUAUAUAUACAUUUCCUAUUAUUAGAAGUAUAGUUAUGCUUUCUGAUGUAUAUUCCCUGAUUGCAUUAGUAGAGAUAAAUAUAUAUAUAUAUAUAUAUAUAUAUAUAUAUAUAUAUAUAUAUAUAUAUAUAUAUAUAUAUAUAUAUAUUUUAACCACAACCAUUUCUGAGGCUAAUGCAUUAAAGCUUGUAUUAAUUAUAAAUUUUAGCAUUUUAUGCUUUUAUUAUAAAAUUGCCUGUCCUUAAAUUCAAACAAAUAUCAUACUGUCGAUUGUCUAAAAAAUAUUGAAUUAUUGUUUAAUUUUUAAAAGUACCUUUUAUUGAUUUUUCAUUGAUUAUAAUUUAUCCCAGUAGACAUUAAAAUUUAAUAUUUUAUAUAUAUAUUAUUAAUAAAUAAUAUAUUAUAAAAUAAACUUAAUAUAUUAUGAUAGUAAUAAUUUUUAAAGAAGAUAUAUAUUGAAUUAAAUAUAUAUAUAUUUUUUAUUCUAUUGAUAAGAAAUGGAAACUAUCAUUGUUUAUAAAAUAAAAUUGAAAUGAAUUGUUAAUGCAUCAGCAAAAUGGUUGGUGAAGCAAAUAGGGCUGUCAUACAAUUUAAUAACUAGUUACAUUUUUAAAUAUCCGCUGACUCACUUCUGGGUUUUCAUCCCGUUUUUUUAUUUAUUCUUAAAGAUAUAAAUUCUGUCCAUUAGCCUCUCUCGACAUAUUAUUACAUACAUACUUAAUUAAAUAUCAUCAGUAAUUAUUAUAUUUAUGUAUUAAUUGUUAGAAAUAACCAAUAAAAGAGCUCGAGUGCAAUUGUUAAGUACUUAACAUUAACAAUCUAUCUUCUUUGUACUUAAUAUCAGUAUACUAAGUAGUUUUUCUUAAAAAGAAAAGAAGAAGAAAAUACUUUAUAAUACUCCUCAAUGGUAUAGAAGAUAAAGAGUGUAAAUAAGAUAAAUAAUUAUGAAUAUGUAAGUAGGAAAUAAUUUCCAUAUUUUUAGAUUUCUAAUCAUAAUUAAUGGUGAUAGCAAUUAUAACUGUAACUAUACAUAGUAAUUGCAUUUUUUUUAUUUUGUAUUAUUGAAAUCAAAUUUUGUUGUAAUAUUUAUUUUAGUAUUAAUUGUAAUAAUUAAAUUUGUAAACUGUGUACAGAUUUAUUUCUUUUUGUAAAUAAAAAAAAUCUUUUAUUGUAUUUAAUUGUAUAUAUGUAACCAUUUAAUUUAAUUUUCGAAAAUAAAAUUUCUUCCUUUAUGCCAAACAGGUGAUUUUAUGUAUAUUUUAUGUGAUAGAAACUGUCCUGUUGUGUAUUUAGUAGAGAAGUUUUAUGAGAUGUGGCACAUCGAGUUGAGGAAAAUUCUAAGAUAAGGACUGCUUAAUAGGCCAUUAUAACUUUAUAUUGGUUGUUAAAAAGUAUUUCUAUAUUGUAUUUACUGUUAUAUAAGAUGCUUUGUUAUUCGAUGAAGCUGGAAAUAUAUUGUUGAAUUCUUUAUGGCUCCUUGUCAUGUACAGAUAUUUUUUGAUUUCCAUUAUAUUUGUUACAGUUGUAAAUAAUAAAUAUUUAAUGUUAAAAAAUAGUUUUAUUUUACUCUAAACCUAUUUUUUC